UGCCGGCAGGGCCGCGGGCUCGGCACCGGCGGCCGGGGCUGGGGCGGCCCCGCCGGGCUCCGCUGCGGGCUCCGCUCCCCGCCGGCCUCGCCAUGCAGCGCUUCACCGUCAACAUCAAGCUGCCGGCGCGGACCCUGACGGGCGCCCUGAGCGCGCCCAACCGGGGCGCGGCGGACUGGGGCUGGCAGGGUUUGAUUGCGUAUGGAUGCCAUUCCCUCGUGCUCGUAGUGGAUGCCAACUCUGCUCAGACCUUGCAGGUUUUGGAAAGACACAAAGCCAGUGUUGUCAAGGUUAAAUGGGCUAAGGAAAAUUACCACCACAAUAUUGGCUCUCCAUAUUCCUUACGUUUGGCUUCUGCUGAUGCCACGGGGAAAAUCAUUGUGUGGGAUGUGGCAACAGGAACAGCUCGCUGUGAAAUCCAGGAGCACUCAAAGCCCAUCCAAGACAUGCAGUGGCUGUGGAAUCAAGAUGCUUCCAGAGAUUUACUGCUUGCAGUUCACCCACCAAAUUAUAUUGUACUGUGGAAUGCAGACACAGGCACCAAACUUUGGAAGAAAAGUUAUGCUGAAAAUAUCCUGUCUUUUUCAUUUGACCCCUUUGAUCCCUCACAUUUAGCUUUGUCAUUUGCAAGGGGUGAGAUUUUGAAUGUGCAAUCUAACAGCCAUCUCUUUGCCCAGGUAAUCCCUUGUUUUCAGAGGGAUGGGUUAUUUUGCCUGCAUGAAAAUGGUUGUAUCACAUUGAGGGUUCGUAGAUCCAACUGCAGCAUCACUGCAACUCCAAAUGAGGAGCCAGAUCCAGAGCCAGCUCAGGAGCUGGUUUAUGAUUUAAGAAGUCAGUGUGAUGCCAUCAGGGUGACCAAAACAGUUCGACCCUUCAGCAUGGUGUGCUGCCCGGUGAAUGAGAAUGCUGCAGCUCUCAUAGUCAGUGAUGGCAGGGUGAUGAUCUGGGAAUUAAAAUCCAACAUUUCUGGCAGAAAUGUGCGCAACAGCAGUUCCAGUGCUUCACCUCUGUAUUCCCCAGUCUCCUUCUGUGGAAUCCCUGUAGGAGCAUUGCAAAAUAAACUUCCAGACCUCUCAUUAGACAACAUGAUUGGGCAGGGUGCAAGCACUGGAGAAGAGCUAAGGAAUUCAUUACUGCAGGAAGUGCACCUCAAAUUCCUGCUGACAGGACUUCUGUCAGGGCUGCCUCUGCCUCCCUUCGCCAUCCGCAUGUGCCCGCCCCUCACAACCAAAAACAUCAAACAGUAUGAGCCCAUCCUUGCUGUUGGUACAAGCAAUGGCUCUGUCCUGGUGUUUCACCUCACAAGUGGACUCCUCCACAAAGAGUUAAGCAUCCAUACCUGUGAAGUCAAGGGAAUUGAAUGGAUCAGCUUGACUGGCUUCAUUUCCUUUGCCACAUCAACACCCAACAAUCUGGGACUGGUCAGGAAUGAGCUGCAGCUGGUGGACCUUCCAACAGGCAGGAGUGUUGCAUUCCGUGGGGAGCGAGGCAACGACGAGCCAGCCAUCGAAAUGAUAAAGGUGUCUCAUUUGAAGCAGUACCUAGCUGUGGUAUUUAAAGACAAACCACUGGAGAUCUGGGAUGUCAGAACUUGCACUCUGCUCAGAGAAAUGUCUAAAAACUUCCCUACAGCCACUGCUCUGGAGUGGUCACCUUCUCAUAACUUAAAGAGCCUGAGGAAGAAGCAGUUGGCAGCCAGGGAGGCCAUGGCCCGGCAGACAGUGGCAUCAGACACUGAAGUCAGCAGUGUGGAAUCCUCUGUGAUCAGCUUGUUGCAGGAAGCUGAAAGUAAAUCAGAGCUGAGCCAGAACAUCUCUGCCAGGGAGCACUUUGUGUUUACAGGUGCUGAUGGGCAGGUUUAUCAUCUCACAGUAGAGGGAAACUCAGUAAAAGACAGUGCAAGAAUUCCUCCAGAUGGAAGUAUGGGUAGCAUUACUUGUAUUGCCUGGAAAGGGGAUAUCCUGGUUCUUGGAGAUGUUGAUGGAAACUUAAACUUCUGGGAUUUGAAAGCUAGAGUAUCCAGGGGGAUUCCUACUCACCGGAGCUGGGUGAAAAAAAUACGGUUUGCCCCAGGGAAAGGAAAUCAAAAACUCCUUGCAAUGUACAACGAUGGGGUAGAAAUUUGGGAUUCAAAAGAGGUACAAAUGGUGAGCAGUUUAAGGAGUGGCAGAAAUGUGAAUUUCCGGGUCUUGGACGUGGACUGGUGCACGUCAGACAAAGUGGUGCUGGCAGCAGAUGAUGGAUGCAUCCGAGUGCUGGACUUGUCCAUGAAGCCCUCGUGUUUCAGGAUGGAUGAGCAGGAUUUAAUAGAACCUGUCUGGUGUCCCUACCUGCUUGUUCCAAGGGCUUCAUUAGCUUUAAAAGCAUUCCUGCUGCAUCAACCGUGGGAUGAGAAAUAUUCUCUAGAUAUUAUGGACAUUGAUUAUCCAGAGAAUGAAAAUAUUAAAAACCUUCUUCAAGAGCAAUUGAAUUCACUGUCCAACGACAUAAAGAAACUUCUGCUUGAUCCAGAUUUUACUCUUCUGCAGAGAUGUCUCCUGGUUGCCAGGCUGUAUGGGGACGAAUCUGAGCUGCACUUCUGGACUAUUGCUGCCCACUAUUUGCACAGCUUAUGCCAGGAAAAGCCUGCAAAACCAGACACAGCUGUCCUUCAGGAGCAGCUGGUUAAUCCUCUGGAUAUAUGCUAUGAUGUGCUGUGUGAAAAUUCUUACUUCCAGAAAUUUCAGCUGGAAAGGGUGAAUCUCCAGGAAGUGAAGAGAUCAACAUAUGAUCAUACCAGGAAAUGUGCUGAUCAGCUUCUUCUGUUGGGCCAGACUGACAGAGCAGUGCAACUACUGCUGGAAACCAGUUCAGAGAAUGCACAUUAUUACUGUGAUUCACUCAAGGCUUGCCUGGUCACAACUGUCACCUCAUCAGGGCCAUCUCAAAGCACCAUUAAACUGGUAGCAACCAACAUGAUAGCCAAUGGAAAGCUUGCAGAGGGGGUGCAGCUGCUGUGUCUGAUUGACAAGGCUGCAGACGCCUGUCGCUACCUGCAGACCUACGGCGAGUGGAACCGUGCAGCAUGGCUGGCCAAGGUGCGGCUGAGCUCGGAGGAGUGCGCGGACGUGCUGCGGCGUUGGGUCGAUCACCUCUGCUCCCCACAGGUCAACCAGAAAUCCAAGGCCAUUCUGGUCCUCUUGUCUCUUGGCUGCUUCACAAAAGUUGCAGAGAUGUUACACAGUAUGAGGUACUUUGAUAGAGCAGCUUUAUUUGUAGAAGCUUGCCUGAAGUACGGGGCAUUUGAAGUUAAUGAUGAUACAAAUAAAUUGAUCCAUGCUGUGUAUGCAGAUUAUGCCAGGAGCUUGAAGCUGCUGGGCUUUAAGGAGGGAGCUGCUCUCUUUGCCUCAAAAGCAGGAGAAAGUGGGAAGGAGCUUCUGAGUGAACUCAAGCAGCCGAAGGAGGAGGUGACACAGGAGUGAGAACUCUGUGUUGUGAGGUUGUCUGGCAGACUGGGAUUCCACUGGGUGAAAAUUCACUUUUCUCUUGAAUCACUGUAAUAGCUGAUCUGUGGGAUUUGAGCAAAUACUGUUAAAUGUGUUGGAAGUCAGGAUGAAGAACUGCGGUGUUGCUUUUUAUUAAAUUUGUCUGCACUUUCACAAGAGGGGAAAGAAGCUUAUGAUAAAGUUAUACAAUAAUAUUUCCACUUUUUCAGUUGUAGCAGGAAUCAAAUUUAAAGAUGUGCUGAAAGGCUUCCAUACCUGUGUCAAAGUCUGGUCCAUUUACUUCUAAAAAUCAAAUCUUAAUAGACUUCAAUACUGUUGUAUUUAUAUGUAAAAAUGAUUUAGUCUGUACUGUAAAAAUAUAAAUAUAUUUAAAAAUAAAUAGAGAUCACAAAGCACACAGUUCUUUCCUGGAACAUCAUGGUUUUUUCAGUCCAAUUUCUUGUUUAAAAUUACUGUUAUUUUAAAUCAAUUCAAUGUAUUGUCAUUUCCAUAACUGCCUGGGAUGGAAUCUUUAACAGGUUCACUUACAAAUGUUGCUCUCCUAACAUUCCAGAAAUCCAUAAAACAUCCCUUUUUCCAGUUAAGGGAUUGUUAUAUUCCAUUUUAUUUUCAAGUGUGCACUCCCUGCACACCCUGGGGACUGAAUUCUGCCUGUCAAAGGGUAGGAGGAGGUUUUUCCUCCAGAGCAGCAGGGUCAGGACACUGCUGGUGCUGUCCCCAGUCACUGCUGUGUUAUUGAAUGUCUGAUUAACAAAAGGUGAAAAAAGCAUUGUGCAAAGCCAAAACAAUGGCUUUUUCAUGAGAUACUUCUGCUAACAUAUCUGAUGGUCCACAUACACAAGGAUGCCGCAGAAAACCUCUUUUCUGAUUUUUUGCCAGUAUUCCAGUACUUGUUUGUGUUAUUGUUUCUAAUGGCAGAUGUCUCUUUUCUUUGUAUUACUGAUGAGAAAUUUUACAGCUGAGGAGUGGGUGCUGAUGGUACACUGCCCUUGCAAACUGAAGACUGUGGCAUUUAGGCUAAAAGCCUAAAUUCUUCUUUUUCCCAGCUUGUUGGAGCUACUGAAGUUGAGUUUGUUGUCAUGAAAAGAAUCCUAUAAAAUGUCUCUCAUUUGAAUGUAAUUUUUGUGUUGUCUACUUGCAGUAACAGUGCAUUGGAUUCUCCUUUUGUUCAAGGAUUUGUGGAUAUGUGUUCAGAACUCCCAUCAGCUUUGGGACAUCUCCAGCUCCAGAAAACUUUUGUUUCAAGUCUUAAAUAACAUUUCUGAGAAAAUUAGAAAGGGUAGACUGUUCAAGUCUUUUUGAAUACAAACUGAAAAAGGGAGUUUCAUCAUUCUGAGCAGAAAAGUAGGAGUUAUAACUGCAAUGUGUUGUAUUUGUUCUUGCCACAUCUUACAUAAAUUACCUUAAAAUACUUUUUGUUCAGUGUAUUGUGAACUGUGCUUAUGUUGUUGCUUUAGCUUGGGAAAAUGAGUAUACAAGGAAAUUUGCCUUAAGUAUUACGUGAGCAACAGAAUUAAUCAAAAUUAACUGUAAUUAGCAGUGGCCUAAAUUCUGGCUCUCACUGACUGCUACAGCUCUGCUCAAUCUCUUGCUUUUGUAGCAGCCCUUGUAGACAAGACUCCCACAGAGUUGUGAGCACACCCAAACUUUUUCUUUGAAGCUGUUUGUCAGUGGGUCUGAGAUAAAUCUACUUCAGUAUACACUUGGAUUUAUAACUCUGACGGUGUAAAA